AUGGAAGAUCUGGAGGAAACAUUCUUUGAAGAAUUUGACAACUAUUCCUAUGCCCUGGAAUAUUACACCCCGGAGUCUGAAUUGGAGGAGAAGACCCACCUGGGAGCUGCUCACUGGGUCUCCUUGGUGUUAUAUUGUAUAGCGUUUGUCCUGGGAAUUCCAGGAAAUGCCACUGUCAUUUGGUUCACGGGAUUCAAGUGGAAAAAGACAGUCACCACUCUCUGGUUCCUCAAUCUGGCCAUUGCGGAUUUCAUUUUUGUUCUCUUCCUGCCCCUGUACGUCUCCUAUGUGGCCAUGAAUUUCCACUGGCCCUUUGGCAUCUGGUUGUGCAAGGCUAAUUCCUUCAUUGCCCAGUUGAACAUGUUUGCUAGUGUUUUCUUCCUGACAGUGAUCAGCCUGGACCGCUAUAUCCACUUGAUCCAUCCUGUUGUGUCUCAUCGGCACCGAACCCUCAAAAACUCCCUGGUUGUUAUCAUACUUGUGUGGCUUUUGGCUUCUCUGAUUGGUGGUCCUGCCCUAUACUUCCGGGAUACUCUAGAGUUCAAUAACCACACCCUUUGCUUUAACAAUUUUCAUGAGCAUGAUCCUGACCUCACUAAGAUGAGGCACCACGUUCUGACCUGGGUGAAAUUUAUUGUCGGGUACCUGUUCCCUUUGCUAACAAUGAGUGUUUGCUAUUUGUGCCUCAUCUUCAAGGUGAAGAAGCGAAGCAUCCUGAUCUCUAGUAGGCAUUUCUGGACCAUCCUGGCUGUGGUUGUGGCCUUUUUGAUUUGCUGGACUCCUUAUCAUCUGUUUAGCAUUUGGGAGCUCACCAUUCACCACAACAGCUAUUUCCAUGAGGUACUGCAAGCUGGAAUCCCCCUCUCUACAGGUUUGGCAUUCCUCAAUAGUUGUUUGAACCCCAUCCUUUACGUCCUCAUUAGUAAGAAGUUCCAAGUUUGCUUCCGGGCCUCAGUUGCUGAGAUACUAAAGCAUACAUUGUGGGAAGUCAGCUGUUCUGGCACAGUGAGUGAACAGCUCAGAAACUCUGACACCAAGAAUCUAUGUCUCUUGGAAACAGCCCAGUAAGUUAUGACUUUUCCACAAAUCAGUAUAAGGCUUUUUGUGUGGGUCCCUUGACAGAUGCUUUCACAUUAUAUUUGGUUCGAAGAUACAGAACUGACCAUAUAUUUGUUGUUUUUGGUCAGUUUAAUGGCAUCACAUUUAUAU